AUGGGUAUGGUACAUUAUACUAGUGGUCGAAGAAAUUUAACAUAUGAAGAAUUAAUAAAAUCAAAUGCAACAAAACCAUCAAAAUCAUUUAUUCCAAAAAGUCUUCUAAAACUUAUGUUAAUUCGAGAAAAUGAAUUACGUAUCUCAGAUGAAUAUCAAAAACGGUUUCAUGAAGCAGAACAAACAUCAUCGUCUACGUCGUGGUUAGAUGUAGCUGAUGAAUUACAACGAGAAGUUAUUCGAGAAUUUCAUUUAGAUGAAGAAAUGAAUGAUGCAUUAUUGUGUUUAAGAUGUGCAACACAAAUUUAUCCUGAUUUAAAAGAUAUUCCACUUUAUACAAAAUAUAAUCGAGCUCGAGACGGAGAUUUACAAGUCGGUGACAUUGCACCUAAUGUUCCAGUAAUUCAUCUCGAUGAACAAGAAAAUCAAUUAUUUGAUGGAUUGAAAUCUUCACCAACUGUAUUAAUUACACAUGCACAAGAUGAAUGGCCUAUUUCUAGUGCAAGAUGGAGUCCAGCUCAAAUGCCAAUUAAAUAUAAUCAAACUCGUACAAUUCAAGAACGU